GUGGCGGCGGCGGUGGCGGUGGCGUCGGUGGCGCUUCGCGGAGGAAGUGACUGCACGCGGCGCGGACGUACGCUCCUGCCUACCUACCAACUCGAGUUCGCCGAGUUUGCUCCGGGAAUGCGUUAUGUAUUUACGUAGAAUAUUGCGUAACGCAGCACGGGCCGGCUAGAGUGUUUGAAAACGUGCGGCGUUUACGGGGAACGUCGCGGCAUAGGCCAACGCUGAACGCAGCCUGGGAGAGUGUAUAGGGUGGCCGAGAGUGUUGACUGUGCCGGCGCAAGUUUUUCGCGCGUGCAUACGCAGCAGGAAUCCAACCCGGCCAUCGGCGCGAUCGAAAGUUUCGGGGGAGCCGGAGGCCGGAGGAGAGUCGGCGACGCCAGUGUACGGACUCACGGCGACGACCAAGGGACAUAUCUCGACCGCGACGUCACCGUGUGUCCCCGCUCGUGUCCCUCGUCGUGCUUCUACGACGACGAAACCUACGUGGGAGAUAGGGACGCGAAACGUGUUUUCUCAGAUGGAAAUUGCACCUCCAAUGUAAUUUGCAAUGAAACGUGUUCGUGGACUGGACGACGUAACAUCACCACCUGCAAAGCACUCGUCGGUGAGCGCGGGAAGUGGCUUAGGUGGUGGAGGAGGUAGUUUAGAUUACCACGCCAGCAGUGGAAUAGGGGUUGUUGUACCUGGUCAAGCAGUUCGGUCUGUUACUUCAAAAGAAAUGCCAGCGAGUAUACAGUUUGGUACUGCCCAAGCUCAACAACAAUAUACCGGAGCGAUUGUUGUGCCAACCGCAACGCCAUCUCCCAUCAAGCAGGCGAGUAGCUCUGCGGGAGGACUCGGUUCCACGUGUAGCAGUAGCAGCAUAAGCACUGGCGGUAAUUUGCAUAGUGGGAUAGGUGGUGGCAAUAGUCAUACAAUGGCUUCUCAACAACCUACAUCAGGUUCGCAAAAUCAAGUCCAUACGCAGCAGCACGCGACAAUAAGGCAUAAGGUACAUUCUAGCAGUGUAACACCGCUAGCUUCCACUCCACCCGGCUCUAAUCUAGGAGGAGGAAGUGGAUCUCAACAGUUUCAGAGAUUAAAAGUGGAGGAUGCAUUAUCUUAUCUGGAUCAAGUAAAAUAUAAAUUUAGCGAUCAACCACAGGUGUACAAUGACUUCUUAGACAUUAUGAAAGAGUUCAAAUCUCAAAGUAUAGAUACUCCAGGCGUUAUAACUCGAGUGAGUCAUCUCUUCAAAGGACAUCCCGAACUCAUCGUUGGUUUCAAUACAUUUCUCCCACCAGGCUACAAGAUAGAGGUACAAGCAAACGAACAAGGAUAUGCUUUCCAAGUAUCAGUCAGUAUGCCUAGCCCAACGGCAACGCAUACCGCCACGUUAUCGCAGCAUCAUUGUACGGUGAACGUUGGUUCACCUCCUGUAGCUAGUCCGCCCACGCAGCCUGCAAAGGCACCUCCCGUUUUACAAAUAAUGCAAGGGUCAGGUAAUAUACACCAUACUUUGGCAAACAGUAUUACAACCAACAGCUUAACUGUUCACGCGCCAUCACCGCCGCCAGUAUCAGUGUAUAAUAAUUCACAUGUGAGCACUGCACAGGCGCAAGCUGUCAGUCAAGCUUUAAGUCAAGCGGAUGGUGUGUCGACUGGUGGGCAGACGCAGCAAAGCCAACCGGUUGAAUUUAACCAUGCGAUAAACUAUGUUAAUAAAAUUAAGAAUCGGUUCCAAGGUCAGCCAGACAAAUACAAACGUUUUCUGGAAAUAUUACAUACGUAUCAGAAAGAACAGCGAAAUUUAAAGGAAUCUGGCCAUAUGGGAGGUACAAGUUCCGGUGCGACAGGUGGUACAAAACACUUGACAGAAGCGGAAGUUUAUAGCCAAGUUGCUAAAUUGUUCGAAAAUCAAGAGGAUUUACUUGCUGAGUUUGGACAAUUUUUGCCGGAUGCCACUAAUCAGCAAAGUUCGUUGUCUGCCAUGUUUCAGACUAAUAAGACGGCAUCGGUUAACGAUCACGCGGCGAUUGUCAAGAAACCAAUUGGACCUAAAACACCCUACAACAAUUCUGGUACCAUAUCGAGAGAUCUUCGAGAAGCUAGUAGUACGGCUGGACUGGAACGCGACAAUCGAGAUCAUAGAGAACGAGAACGGGAGCGAGAUAGAUCGAACGUAAGAGAUAUUGUUAGCGGCCAGAAAUCCGGACACAAUCCUGGACAACUGAAGAGGAGCCCGUCAUUCUCGACUUCGGCAACAGCGGGAAAUUCUCAUAUACAACAUGGGCCACCUACGAAAAAGCACAAAGUGGCUUCGAUGCGCGAUAUUACUAUUGCGGAAGCCGGCAAAUACGGUACCCUGAACGACUAUGCUUUCUUUGAUAAGGUUCGAAAGGCACUCAGAUCACAAGAGGUUUACGAAAACUUUCUUCGAUGCCUUGUACUUUUCAAUCAAGAAAUAGUAUCCAAGUCGGAGCUCAUUCAGCUGGUGACACCGUUUCUCGGCCGUUUUCCCGAGUUACUACAUUGGUUCAAAGAUUUUCUCGGUUACUUAUCCGAUUCAUCCAGCACGACGGUGACGAACGCAGGAAACGCCGUAGGCGUAGAGACUUUCCCAAACAGCAUUGUGCGCAGCCACCAGGAACGGCCGCAAGGUGACUUGGCGAUAGAAAUUGAUUAUACAGCAUGCAAGCGGCUGGGGGCGUCGUAUUGCGCAUUGCCAAAAUCGUACAUUCAACCAAAAUGCAGUGGCAGAACGCAAUUGUGUAAGGAGGUCCUUAAUGAUACUUGGGUGUCAUUUCCAACUUGGUCAGAAGACAGCACAUUUGUAACGUCAAGGAAAACACAAUAUGAAGAAUCUAUAUAUCGGUGCGAGGAUGAACGUUUUGAAUUGGACGUCGUUAUAGAAACUAAUGCGUCGACGAUCAGAGUGCUCGAGGGUGUUCAUAAGAAAAUGAACAGAAUGACUCAGGAGGAGAUACAGAAAUACAAGCUCGACGAGUGUAUGGGUGGUUGUUCCCCUACGAUUCAUCAACGAGCGAUAAGAAGGAUAUAUGGCGAUAAAGCUCCCGAUAUCAUAGAGGGUCUCAAAAGAAAUCCCGCGGUAGCCGUGCCCGUUGUGCUCCGCCGUUUAAAGGCCAAGGAGGAAGAAUGGCGGGAAGCGCAAAAGGGAUUUAAUAAAAUCUGGAGGGAGCAAAACGAAAAGUACUACUUAAAAUCGUUGGAUCAUCAGGGAAUUAAUUUUAAACAGAAUGAUGUAAAAGCGUUGAGAUCGAAGAGUCUGUUUAAUGAAAUUGAAACAUUGUACGACGAGAGGCACGAACAGGGUGACGAUGGUAAUGGCGAUGGUCAGGGAACCAGCGGUCCACAUCUCGUUCUACCGUACAAAGACAAGUCCGUAUUAGACGAUGCUGCUAACCUCUUGAUCCAUCACGUCAAACGACAAACCGCUGUUCAUAAAGAAGACAAACAACGGAUAAAACUGUUAUUGAAACAUUUUAUACCUGAUCUUUUUUUCCAUCCCCGUCAAGAACUCAGCGAUGACGAAAGGGACGAAGAUGAUGAGAAGGAAGAUGUAAAUGUGGCAACGUGUAAUAAUUCUCAAUCCGCGACGACUACUUCAUCGUUAAGUGGUUUGCAAGCUAAUAGGAGUAAGGCCCCUACGUCGCCAAACACAUCUUCCGCUACCAGCAAAAGUGAACCCGACGUCAAAGUACCCAUGCACGCUCUCUCGAGCGAUCCCGAAGAAGCGUACACACUUUUCAUGGGUAGUAACAAUUGGUACCUCUUCCUGAGGUUACAUCAUAUACUUUGUGAGAGAUUAACGAAAAUGUACGACAGAGCGGUCGCUCUCGCCGAAGAGGAAUCCAAGUAUAAGCAGCAGCGCAAAGAAAGUACAGCGGUUGCUUUGAGAUUAAAACCAAAAAGUGAAAUUGAAAUUGAAGAUUAUUACCCUGCCUUUCUGGAUAUGGUUAAAAAUGUCCUCGACGGAAAUAUGGAAAGCACAGCAUACGAAGACACAUUACGAGAAAUGUUCGGUAUACAUGCCUAUAUUGCCUUUACUCUCGAUAAGGUCGUUAAUUAUGCUGUUAGGCAAUUGCAGCACCUAGUCUCAGAUAACGUUUGUCAACAAUGCAUGGAUUUAUUCCAAAGAGAGCAACGUCAGCCUAAAGAAAAUAAUGGAGCCGGUGGGUUAUGCGCCACGGCCUACGUGAGAUUAAGCGCUGAACUGUCGUAUCAACGCAAGGCGGAGAAAGCAAUGGCAGAUGAAAACUGUUUCAAGAUAUAUAUAUAUAAAAAGGACUGUAAAAUGACAAUGGAGUUGUUAGAUACAGAGGGCGACGAACCGGUGGAUAACGGCUGUAGAGAGAGAGAAAGGGAAGGCGUUACAGUCUCUGAAAAAUGGUCGGCGUACAUUGAUAGUUUUUCUGCACCAGCUGGUCAGACUAGCCCCAAAGAUACUCCUGCCUUAACAGAGAAUGAGCAGACGACCAAUCAUCCUGUGAGUAGCGACCAGGCAGCAAGGGGGGGAAGGGGCAGAAAACGCAAGAACACUGACAUUAGCAAGAAGGUAUAGGAUCCAAAUACCUUUUCAUAAUCAUUGCCAACAUUCAACUUAACGUUCAUUCGCAUAAAUGACAUCUGUGAUUAAAACGUUGUACCUCGUCGUUUUUAUUUGGCGUACAACAAUGAGUGCCCCAAAGAGCAAAGGUUUAAUGGAACUUUCCUCUACCAAAAGUAGAGUUUACUUGUGAACAACUAAAAUAAAUUAGACGCUUUUGUGGGAAGGGAGUGAGAUAUCUUCGUGAAAAAUUUCGUUAAAGUAGAAACACGUCCGUGCGCGCAUAAAUACAUACACGGUACACACACGCACGCACGCACGCACGUGCACGCACGCAUCGUGUACGCACAAAAUACAUACCAGUUUCUAUGAAAUCGUUUUUAUUAACAGAAAAUCAUAUGUAUUUGUUUCGCCAAUAAUUAAUAAACGAGAAAGAUUAUUUUUAUUUUCGACAACGUUUGGCUAAUGUCGUGACAAUUCGACCAUUGGUUU